AUGUGUCGGGUGGGAUCAAAGAGAACACAAGACAAAAGUCGAUGUGAUCAAAGAGAACACAAGACAGGUGUCGGGUGGGAUCAAAGAGAACACAAGACAAGUGUCGAUGGGAUCAAGGAGAAUACAAGACAGGUGUCGGGUGGGAUCAAAGAGAACACAAGACAGAUGUCGGGUGGUAUAAAGGAGAACGCAAGACAGGUGUCGGGUGGGAUAAAGGAGAACACAAAACAAGCGUCGGGUGGGAUAAAGGAGAAUACAAGACAGGUGCCGGCUGGGAUCAAGGAGAAUACAAGACAGGUGUCGGUUGGGAUCAAGGAGAAUACAAGACAGGUGUCGGGUAGGAUCAAGGAGAACACAAGACAAGCGUCGAGUGGAAUCAAGCUGGUACCUUUCACGGACCAGAAUCAAACUCACGUAUACCAUGGAAUAGGCAAACCUGUUACUCGAAUAUAA